CUUUUGCAGUUGUUUUGUAUGUAAAGAAAACCGCAUGCAACCCAAUCAAUUGUCAAAAUCUACCAUCUAGUCCAAAUAUUUUAAAUUUAUUCUGCUUAAUUUGUAAAUUUCUUUGAUGACAUUUUCAUGUCCAUUGCACUUUAUGAUAUUUUCUUCCACAGUGUUAAAAUGUCAAGGCCUUUUCAGACAAGAAAUUUUUCCCUGAUUGCUAAUUAGUUGAAAUCCAUUUCAACAGGUCAUGGCUCUUUAUAUUAAAAAAGGCAGUCACUAUCUAGACAGCUCAUUGGGUGCCAAACACAUAUUCUUGAUUGUUCUAUAUCACGUCGUUAAGUUUCAGAAACCCUACAACUCCAAAUAUGUGGCUAUUGAAUUGGUGACUGGAGCAUAAACAUGGAUUCAACAUAAUGGAGUUGUACCGUCUUGUAACAUAAAUACCAAAUAUUCAUGUUACAUUACCAUGUAUACAUUUUCUUGUUGCCUCAUGUAACCGACUUAGAAACUUGAAAUCAAAGAGUGCUAUUACCAUCCUCUUAAAAAACUUGGUUAAAUUUUUCAAGGCACAUAUGAUGAAAGUGAAAUUCUUCAAACAUUUUGUUUUUUAAAACAUGUAGCCAUGCAGUGGUUAAUGAAAUGUCAUAAACCGGAAAAAAAAAAACGUGACUUCCCUCCCAACAGUUUUGCCUAACGUCGCAUAACCUUGGUAAGCAAGACAUUCUCAGGGCCUGCCAAAUCACGCUUCUCCAGAUAGUCAGUAUCCUGGCCCAGAAUGCAACGCUACAGUUGAAACAGCUAUGCAUGGAGUGUUUUCAGCACAGUCCGCAUGCCGGGGUCCGCGCCAUAUCGACCCUCACCAUGAAGCAGGCCCUAGGGUCAUUCAGUCACACUCACUGGGACGUCGACCAAUCAGAAAGCGAGCAAGAAACCACGACAACAACAUCAUCCCCGGCUCAACGUUAGACCCCCACGAAGCCUUUGUUCAAGUGCUUCAGUAUUUCUGCUCGAAGCUCAACGAAUCCCAGAGAGCAUCACAAGGUCACCAUGGCAACCAGAAUCAGCCCCUCCUGACUCUUCAACUAGAGGCCGUUUUAGCGAUGCUGAGUAAUGCCGGCCCUGAACUCAGGCAGAGCGAUAUCCUGGUCAGAGCAAUCUGGCAGCAGCUUUGCCCCUGCCUCAUCGCCAUCCUGGGCAUCCCGCGGGACGAGAAGUCCAUCGUCUCCUCUCAUCACCCCACCCCUUCUGCUCCUUCAUCCUCCUCCCAACAUCCCGAGAGCGGCCACACCCCUCACGCGGGCCUCCAGGAUCAAGGGCGUGGCUCAGGCGGGUCGGCCACCGGUCCUGCCACAGGGAACUCAUCAGCCAGAAUUGUCUACAGUAUCGCCACGGAGCUGGUGCGGCUAGUUGGGAGCCUGGAGUCCAUGCGGCCGGUACUCGGCUCGCUGUUUCACAGGAUGCUGCUGUACCCUCCCCCGGUGCAUCGCAAUGAAGCCUUAAAAGUUUUGAAGGAGAUGUUGGCCACACCUGAGCGUAUAGUGGACUUGGCUGGUCCUGCCACCAUUGACCGAGAAUCUGAGAAAGGUGCCAUUGGGAAGGCAGGGAACAAGACCAGGAGCACUGACAUGGACCUGCUGAAACUGUUAAUGGAUGGCAUAUCGGGCGCGACCCAGUCUCGCGACAGUGCAGUCUGCCUGUCCAGUGUGGCCUGUGUGGGGGCGCUGUUGUCCUCGUUGGACGAGAUCAGCAAGGGGAAAGGCCUGAGCGAGCAGCAGGUCGAGCUGAUCUUGAGGAGAGCCAAGGAGGAACAGGGGCAAAAUGGCAACAUAGAGACAAAAGAUCCCCUUGUGUUACAGGCGCAAAAAUUGGAAAGCAAAGAGGAUUUACCAAAACCUGAACUGAUUAUUUUAGGCAGGAAAGAGAAAUCUAAAUCAGGGGACGGAGAAGUAGGAAGCAUGGAGGAUGAAGAAGGAGAUACUGACAUUCAGGAUUUUAGGGGAGACGACAGUGAGACAGGAGAGGAGGCAAGGCCUGAGGAGGGCAAGGCAGCAACAGAAGGAGAAGAGGAGGUGGGGAUUUCUGUCUCCGAAGAACCGAUCGAGGAGGAGGUGCAUAUUGCCGAUUUGGGUUACCAUAGCAACUUGGACAGGAUCAAUGCCAAGGACGAUUCACAGGCAGCAGUCGAGGAGAGAGGAUUGGACACAGACAAAGUUGGAAGUAAUGACGUUGAUGGAAGAGCAAUGGAGGAAGGCAUCUCGGGAGACAGGAGCCAAGACAUAAAGGAUGCAGCCACAGUGGAGGAAAGUGCCAAACAAACAAACUGGAAGCCUAACAGGGAUGCGGAUGGAGAUUUGGUAUCCAAGAUGGCCACCGCAGCAGCGAACGAGAGCCACGUCCUCACUUACUCCCAGGACCAGACAGGGAGCGAGGACGCAGAAGACCAGUCCUCAGCCUCCCCACCCUCCUCCAGCUCCUCCUCCUCCCCGCUGCUGUUGCCAGAGAGGAUUCUGGCCGAGCGCCUCCUGGCAGAGCGGCAGGAACAGAAGCGGGCAGAGCUGGAGCGCCACGCACAGCAAAACCUGGAGCGGGAGAGACAAGGGGCGCGUGACUUCGCCAAGGCCUUGGUGGCACUGUUGCCCUCUGUCAUACCGAUGAUUGACGAGGUGGAAGUCGAUGUGGAGCUGCAGAAAUUCGCAUCCACAUUCGUUGCAGGGCAUUCUUUUCGCAAGCACAACCCAGACAAAAGCUCGGAAGACGGCAUGACGCUAGACAUGACCCCGGUCAUCAAUGCUGACGGCAUCUACGUGGCCACGUACUUAGGCCUUCUGCUUAACCUGAAGCUGAUACGGUGCGGCCACUACCAGAACCCCGGCCAACUACCCCAGACCAAAAAUCAGUUCAUCGAGAGCAUCCUGGACUGCGGCGUGCUGGUCUACCUGUCGUCCGCCUGGCUAGGGGAGCUGUACCAGACACUCAUCGCCAGGGACCUGUUGGGGGAGGCAGGGUACAAGGCCCAGUCCUUCCACUGCAACAAGGCACUCAUCUCAAUGCUUACUGAUAUUGAUGGUCUGGGCAGCCAGGAUUUAGGAGGUCACAUGCUGCAUGACGCGCCUUCCCACAACCAGAAGCUACUUUCCCUCAUCACCAAGAGCACAACGCAAGCCAGCGAAGCAGGCAUGGCAUUCACCCAGGACAUUCUCUUGACGCUCUGGCAACAGCUUUUGUCGGUCCUGGCCGUGCCCCUGACCAUGCGCAGUGUGUCAGGUGUCGGCAGCAUCGCGCUCAUGCUGGGCACCGAGGGGGCCAAGGAGCAGAACAUCCGGGACCGCGACGCCAUCUGCCUCAGUCUGGAGGCUCUGCGCCGGGCGGCUGCCCUCAGCUGCACGCUUGGAUUGCCAGCUCGCUGCGCCCACCUCUUCUCCCAGAUUGCCAACACCUCCUGCAUAAGCGACGACCCCUCCCUCCGCGCCCAGCAACAGCAGCAGCAGCCGCAGCAGCCCGGGGGAGGCGGGGCAGGCGAUGCAACCUCCUCCUCUUCUUCUUCCUCCAUUGUUGGGGGGAAGAUGUCCCUUCGAGGGUGGUCAUCCAAGGGGCAGGGCGUCCGGCUUCACGCCGCCCAUGUACUGAGCCUUGACGCCAUACUGUCCAUGGGGCUGGAGAUGGGCAGCCACGCCAGCGAGUGCUGGAAGCACAUUUUCAGGUGUUGCGCUUAUGUGUCCCAGCUGGAACACUGUCACUUCAGCAGCAGCAACCAGCCCACCAUCGCCCUCCCCAAAGUCACUGAUUCCACCCAGACCCUCCCAGGCUCCGCCCCCGACAACCUGGACCUCUCCCUGCCGUCCUACGUACCAGUCCAGUCCGCGGCCGCCCCGACCUUUGAUGUGUCAGAGGUCAUCGGCAAGGAGAUGGCCAAGGAUGUAGGCUUUGAGGUCGGGUCGGCGCGGGGCGGGAUGCUGAGCGCGACGACUGCAGCGAAGGUGGUGUGCGGGCUGUCAUCGGAAGUGGACAGGUUCUUCGAUGAGGCGGCCAAUAACUUAAAUCUUGGUGCCUUGCUGGCUUUCCUGCGGGAACUACGAACCUCGUCUCGACACCAGCUCUACCAGAGCACUCCUCAGCAGACAGAAAAGAGACUCAUUGCGCCGACGUCGCCGAGCAAAUCCCUCAACAUCUCAGGCCAGGCCAGCACCUCGCUCCUCCUCUUCCGAAUGUGCGACGUCAUCUUGAGGUGCACCCGUCACCGUACCAGGCCCCUUCUGCACCUGAUGCAGGCCUGGAGCGUGGUGGCACCUCACCUAGUCGAGGCUGCCUGCCACCGGGACCGUCACGUCUCCAAGCAGGCCAUCACAGCCAUCCAUGACGUCUUGACAGAGCUCCUCUAUGCCAAGACAGAGCACCCGCACUUCAACUUCCAUGAGGCACUCCUGAAGCCCUUCGAGAGUCUCCUAUGCCUGGAGCUGUGCGACGAAGAUGUUCAGGAUCAGGUCGUGACUUCUAUUUGUGAGGUCGUGGAAGCAUCCUUUGCCAACAUCAAGUCUGGCUGGCGACCAUUGUUCGGCGCCCUACGGGCUGUCCGCAUUACCCUCAAGCAGCCCCCAGCAGCCAGCCCGGAAGAGGAGAUGGCCGACCGGACGGAGCAUCCCCUGGCGCCACUCUUCAAUGUCUUUGAGGCCUUCCUGAACACGGACAAUGUGACCGUGUUCGCCAAUGCCGCCGUGGACUGCAUACUGUGCCUGCUCAAAUUCCUCAGGGGCUCUGGUUAUUCCAGCUCUUCACAGACCUCAACCCCAAGCUCCUCCCUGGCUGCUUCUCCAGAGCGGCAGCCUAAGACGCUAGACCUGUGCUUCCCAGCUCUCAACUAUCUCCAUCGCUGCCACAAGAUCCUGGCCUCCAUCUAUACCAUGCCGGCUUGCCCGAUCUUCCGCGGGGCCCAGUCCAUCAAAUUGGGAUCCCCCGAGGGGCCUCCCGAUAACCCCGCGACCCCGACCUUGCCUGGAGUGGGUGGAGCUGGGGGCGGAUCCGGCCAGCAACGCUUUCGGUGGGCCAGCGGCAGCAAGGAGGACGAAUACCUGUUUGAGCCGGUCACGGCCGAGCAGGUGGAUGAUGCGACAGGUCUGGGCCGGGUCUGGUACCUGCUGCUGGAAGGGCUGACAGGCGCAGUGUCCACGUGCCCUAGAGGGUACCAGCCUCAGACUCUGGAGCUGUUGUUUGAACUGCUGCGAUCUGUACUCUCAGUCCCAGGUCCUCAGUUUGCCCUGUUUGCCGUGUCUGAGCUCCUCCUCCCCAUGCUGCACUCCUGGGUCCAUCGCAGCCGUCAGUUUGCCUUCCUGUGGGAGGCCACCGUGGCCAACUUCAAGCACGCCUGCGGCCUGUCCACGGACUUGGUGGUAGAAUACGUGGUGCACUUUGUCCGGACGGGCAUGCCUUUGACGGGGCUGUACCUGACGUUGAGGCAGAUGCUAGACGUGCUGAUUGAGUGCAUUGGGCAACCCAACGAGUCCGUCUCCAGACUAGGCUGCUCUUGCAUCCGGCAUCUCUUGCUGAGCGCCGGCCCCUCCUUCACCCACGACAUGUGGACCGUGGCCUGCCUGGCCAUGCAGCGGGCCAUCGCCAUGAGCCUGCGCAACCUCAAGCUCCUGAUGUCCUGUUUCCAUCCGGGCUCAGACGACUUCAUGGGCGACGUCUGCCAGGUCAAGGUGGCCGCCCGGAAGGACGUCAGUGAGCUGGAGUACCUCAGACUGCAGCAGCUGGCACAGCAGGUAUUCCUUUUGGAGUCGCAACGAACUGGAAUGGUUGAUGUGGACAGCGACUCCAAUCGCUCCUUCAUUUUCAUCAUCUACCCGCCUGAGAUGGACCUGAACACCAGCAUAGACCAAAUUAGGAGCAGGGUAUCAUUCAGGGGUCUUGUCCUGGGUCUGCUCGCCCAUCAACUACUAAUCCAGACCCUGGGGACCAUCUUCCUGUAUGGAGUUGAGAACCAGACUACAAAGGAACAGAACAUGAUUGCCGUGCCGAGCAGUGUCCCACCCCAGCGGAUGAGCCAAGGGGGUCGCGAUCAGGAUUCUGAGAUGACUGACACCUCUCUGCCUGGACUUCUGGCCUAUCUCUCUCCGAAGAACCUGGGGCUUCUGCUGGAGUGCUUUGUCCAGUCCUACCAGAUGGCCUGCGACUUCAACACCCGGCCGGGCCUGAAGUUCCUCCUUCAGAAGGUGGCCAAGUUUGAGGUGGCCGUCAACCUGUACUGGCAGGCUGGGGUCAGCUUCACAUUCUAUCUGCACACUUUGCUGGAACUUUGCCACCACGCCAGCGGGGAGAGACUGACCCAGGACCGUGUCAAGGAUCUGGUGAGGCAGCACGUCACCGCGGACGGCAGGCCGCUCUCGCCGAACCUCAGCUCUCCCAAGCCUGCGGUCAAGAGGGUCAACUUUGAGUGCUCCGCGGAGAACGGCCAGGUCGGCCAGGGCCUGAACAGGGAGCGAUCCGACACCGAGAACAGCCAUGGCAGCAACGCCAGCAAGGACAGCAGCAUCCAGCUGCAGUGCGACCUAACAUUCUACCCGACUAGCAAUGCCUCUAAUCCUGACUGGAUUGUCAGACGCCUCCACGGCAUCUGCAAUGACGUCUGCGCCUCGUACAUCCAGAUGUAUCUGGAUCUCAACGGGGGCAAGAUGGACGCCAGCCGCAUCAAUGACCAACCGCUGUUCUUCCUCGUAGCCCCAAAAUCGCCCGAGGUGGCCUCCAAACCCAGCGAGUUCUUUGGCUUCGACGAAGGCGAAAACUGCCUCAAUGAAGAUGAAAACGACGACAGGGAGAUGGAAAACUCUGUGAGCCCGAAAGAAAAGAGUCCCAAGUUUGCCGCCCACUGGACCCCAAAGAUUAAGGGUCUCGACCCUGAGGAGGAGAGUGUGGUGGACGUGAUGGAGGAAUAUCCGAAGAAACCGGCCACCUCCAAGAAGAAGGCGGAGAGCGUCUACACGGUGGCCUCUCGCAAGACCAUCAAGAGCCUGAUGCAGGAGUACAAGAAGCGGAAGACGCAGCACUCUCGCUCUGUCUUUGUCAAGAAGCCCACCUACAAGGAGCUGAAAUACACCCGCAUGCUGGAGCAGCGGCAAGGGGUCGGGACUGCCCCAGCCACACCAGAGGAGCGGGUGCGGCAGCAGCAGAUCAAGGAUGAGCAGAAGACGUCCAUCGUGCGGGACGGCGAGGCAGAGAUUAGCACCUGGAGCGACAUGGUGCACACCAUGCUCCAGCUCCUGCAGCUCCUGUCCGACUCCCACUUCCAGGCCCUCCUGCCAGCCGUCUUCCCUGGCAUCAAUCAGCUGGUCAGGCACGUCGCGGAUGACAGGGUUCGCCAAGCGGUCAUGGAAUUUAUGGACAGGGUAGCUCACCUGUAUCAGAUCCUCUGAAAUGGACAUUGCCACUUAAAGAUUUUCCCCUGACAUCACUGUCCAGUAAUCAUGGAAUCACAUCAAAUCAUGUUCAACAUGGUCUGGAUUUUUAAAGGGCUUGCACAUCUAGAAAUUCUGAAUGAUUUAGUGAGCUUAGGUUUGUAGUGAUUAUAUUUGCCAAAUUUCAUGAGCACUUAACACUUGAUUUUAGCAGAUACAUUACAUGCAUGCAUAUUUCUUGGACACAUUUUUAUUUUGCUCCUAAGAAAAAGACAAAGUAAUUUUAGUUCUAGCACACAAUUACUACAAAUAUGAGAUUGAUGCAUGUUCUUUUUCCCUAAUGUACAAUAUUAACUACAUAGAUCAUUGCAUUGUAAGUCGGCAAUAGCCACCUGGCAGAGUCACCUGACAACCAACAACCUAUCAUAUGCUUAGAAACAUCUUAUUUCAUCAAUGCUGUAGUAAUAAUCGAAAUGGGCGUGUUUAAGGGUCGUAAUUUCAGGACUCCCUCCUUUACAAUCAAGAGAUUCAUUUUGCAUUGCUAAUUCACUGCUCCUCGCUAUUUCCAGGGUUUGUGUAAAGUGUAUUUCUUCACAUAAAGGUAGGAAGAAUUAUCAUUUUUGUCUACUAUGUUCAGGUUUUGUUUUUUGUUUAGAUGAGAUCAACAGAGUCUUUAUAAUUUGUUCAGUUUUAUUUUGCAAAAGGUAUCGCUUACUCUAGAUGAGUGGUCUCUACUUUUCGUCAUUUUUAUAGGAAUCUUGUUUUUUGUAAUUAAUUGAGGGUUAGAUGCUUCAGAAAUCACUUUGAGUUUCCCUCGUUACUGUGGCAAUCUUGAACCUUGUUUUUUUUUCGCUUAACAUUGUUGUAACUGUUCCUUGCUGUUCAAUCACCUGGCCAGUUUGGUUACGGUGAUAAUCCUAGCCAUUGGAUCACUGAACCAUUUGGCUACCUGACUGUUUUAGCAAACUUGACAAUUUGAUUACAUAGCCAUUGUCACUCCCUCAUCACUUGUUUACCAAGCUAUUUUGGCUACCUACAUGUAGGCACUGAAAUCUAGUAAAAGCAUCAUCGAGCCACUGUGGCUAUCUAGCCAUUUGAUUACCAAGCCAUUUUGGCUUCUCAGCCUCCAUGGUUACCAAGCCAUAAGAUCAGUUAGCCAUUGUCACUCCUUAGCCACAGGGUUACCAAGCCAAUGUAUUUUUUCACCUAGCCAUCCAGGGUACCUAGUUAUUGCUUCACCUAGCCAUUCGGGCUACCAAGCUAUUGGUUCACCCAGCCUUUCAGGCUACCCAGCCAUUACCUUACCUAGCCAUUUGGGCUUCCUAGCCAUUCAGUUGGUUUACCUAGCCAUCCAGGCUACCUAGUUGUUGUCUCACCUAGCCAUUUGGCCUACCAAGCCAUUGCUUCACAUAGCCACCCGGGCUGUCAAGCUAUCACUUCACCUAGCCAUUGGGGCUACCAAGCCGUUCAGUUGGUUCACCUAGCCAUCCAGGCUACCUAGUUGUUGCCUCACCUAGCCGUUGGGGCUACCAAGCCAUUGGUUCGCCCAACCAUUCAGGCUACUUAGCCAUUGCCUCACCUACCCAUUGGGCUUCCAAGCCAUUAGUUCACCUAGCCAUCUGGGCUACCUAGCCAUUCACUGGAACAUGCAGCCCUAGUGGCUACCCCGUCACCUCCAACCUGUAAAUAGUUGUCACUGAAAUUUGAACCAUAGCCAAAUCAAUAUAAGGUCGUACGUGUAUUUAAUUUUCUGCAUUAUAAGAAAAAGUUUCCUUUUUGCCAUUGAAUAUUGGCAAUGAUAUAAGUGUUAUAUCACGGGACUCAAAUGCAUGAAUAUAUAAACAUUCCUGUGCAAUUUAAAUAAAAGAAAAUCGAUAAGUUAUAACACAAAAAUUGUAUAACUUAUUUCAUAAUUUUGAGUCCACGUCCUCUGUUGGUUUUGGAAAUAUUUAUUGAACAAAAGCAGAGGAUGUCGUUUGUGAUUUUAUUUAAUGUUUAUUGUAUGUACUUUGUGCACGAUUUGAUCAUUUGGUGACAAAUAUAGAAUCAUGAUUUGAGGUUGGCACAAUUCGAAAUAGGUAUAUAUUGUUAGCUUGGAACCUCAAAAUUGGCCCAUAUUUAUCCGAAGGCACGCUGAUUUUGAAAAAAAGUCCGAAUAAAACAUAACAUCCAGAUGAA